CGACCACCACACGACACCGAAGUAAACUUACUGGCGGAGAGAUAACGGGAGAAACGUAAACAAUAACAUCGUGAACGCUCAGUGGUACGAUCCGCCAAUCGAAAUACUGAAUUUUCGAUCAACCGUGAGCCGAUUAAAUCUUACGAUGUGUUCGAAAUCGACGAUUCUGCUGGCGAUCCCUCUGUUGUGUCAUCUAACGAGUCUCGCGGUCUCUGCAGUUAUCAAACGAACCGGGAGUACUCGAGAUCAGUUACUCGAGACUGUUGAACGUAUGAAUUUUGGUAGCGGUGUCGUUCGCCCGGAAAAAUGUCAAACGAUACCGGAGAGCGUUCUGAGCGCUGUUCUUGGACCGGCAUUCAACGCCAGGUACAUGUCGAUCAACGAUCCGAGGGACAACAACGUUGAAUCGGGGCGAACCGCUUCCGGAGUGACAAAACGAAAGACGAGUAAAAUUCCAUCGUUUUCGGUCGAGGAGGAGUUCAAUUCGGUGUACAGCAACGAUCCGGCAUGGGAUUUUGAGUUCGGUAACGUGGGUUACGAGGAGGAAGUCGAGCUUGUCCAAAAUGCUCGUGACACCCGGGAGACAAAGCGUGCGAAAUCUACACCGUGGCAAUGUGACGCCAACGUAGAAUGGAUCGAUUUGGGCCACGAUUAUUUUCCACGAUUUCUUCGGAUGAUCGAAUGUGAGAAAUCGAACUGCUGGUACGGAUUCUACACGUGCAAGCCGAGGUCGUUUACCGUGAAAUUAUUGCGCCGUCGCAGGGGAAUUUGCAUCCCAUCGCCGGCGGUAGACGAAAUUUUAAGAUCGUCGAAAAUGGGAGUCGAUGGCCUGCCAAACGAACUGAAAGAACUCUGGAUUUGGGAGGAGAGGGCCGUUAAUUUUUGCUGCGAAUGCACAGCCGGACCGUAACUAUUUGGUAAAUAGUACGACGAGAGCAAUCCAGCUUUUAUCUGGAACUGAACGAACUUCACAUACCGAUGAAGGUGCAGUGGCCUCUGCAAGGGGAUGAAUACGCGACGAAAGGGACCCGCGCUUCCUACGCCGCAGGAAAAAAAACGAACAGGAACACCGACGAGCAUUAUUCUUAUUAAUUUUUGACAAAUAUCAUCAUCUGCAUUUUUUGCAGAGUUAUAUCCUUAAUUAUAUACCGAAAUGACCAUUGUGCGAAUCCACGUUAUAUACCCGAAUGAUUAUACUAGCUAUGUAUUGAUCUCAUAUACGUAUAUGUAAGUAUGUACUGUAUACACGUACUCGAUGUAUGCAAUGACAAAGAACGAUUGAAUGAGUGAAUAAUGGAUUCCAUUCUUAGAUUGCAAA